UAGUGAAAGUGCAAGACCUUGAGUUCAGGCCCCCGUUUUGGCACACACACAAGUUAGACAUGAAAGCACUGUGUGGACAUGUUCAGUGACCAUUUCCAGAGCCUUUCCUGUGCCUCGUUUCCCAGCCCUUGCACUUCCAGCCAUCUUCCUCACCCACACGCCUCAGUGCCAGCAUUCACAAUGUCUAAACAUGCAUGCCCACUGCUCAGCAGCUCAAGUAUGGAGUCCCAGGAACCGGCCUAACUCAGGUGCUCCACCUGAUCUUGCCCAUUUCCAUCUCAGGCAGACCCAGCUUCAGAAGAACGCUGUGACUCCACUUCCCAAAUCAAUGGGAUCCUCAAGCAGUUGGGGUGGGCAUGCCCCCCUCCCAGUACGGAGCACCCCCAUCCCAGCUCUGGAAAUGUCCUUGGUGCCAAUAAAGCUUUUUAUCAGCCUCAGCUUGGGGGCAGGUGUCACAUCCGUUCCAGUUCUUUCUAAGCUACUUGGUGGAGGACCUUGAUGGCUCACUUCCUUCUCUAAGCCAAGGCUGCUGGCUGGCCCAACCCUGAGGCUGCCAUCCCAAAUCUAGGAUUUAAAAAAUAUAUACAUUUGGGGAAAGGAAACACACUUGGCCCAGGAAAUUGCAAUAAUUUUUUGUUGAACACAGGAUCUGGAGUGGGGGCGGGGUGUCGUUCCUGUACCUCUUAGGGGCCUCCGGUUCUGGGCGGGUUUGAAAAGGUGGGGCUCCAGGCCUCUUUAUCUCCAGAGCCAGCUGCGGCUCCCUGGCUCUGGGCCCCUCAGUGCAGGCUCUCGGCCAUGUGGCCUGCGUUUCUGUGGCUCCCUCUUUUGCUGGUGGCCGCCCACCCGGGAGAAGGAAACCUCCAGGACCUCCAGGAUGGGCAGGUGUAUGGUGUUGGCCCCCCUGCACCCUCGGGGACCUCGGUGCCAUUCUGGGUGCGUUUAACCCCAGAGCUGGUGGCUGUGCCACCCGGGGACUCGGUGUGGCUGAACUGCAGCCACAGUUGCCCCCUGCCGGCGACAUCCAGCCUGCGCACCCCGCUGAGGCAGGGCCAGGCUCUCAGGGGUCCCGGCUGGGUACUGUACCAACUGCUGGAGGUGCGAGCCUGGAGCUCCAGCGUGGACUGCCUCGUCACCUGCGCGGGACAGACUCGAGAGGCGACGGCCACGAUCAACGCAUACAAGCGGCCCCGCAGCGUGGUCCUGGAGCCUGCGGUCCUCGUGGGCCGCCAGUACACCCUGCGCUGCCACGUGACGCACGUGUUCCCCGUGGGCUUCCUGGUGGUGACCCUCCGGCGUGGCGGCCGCGUCAUCUACUUCGAGAGCCUGGAGCGCUUCCAGGGGUUGGAUCUGGCCAAUGUUACUUUGACCCACGUGGUGCGCGCUGGGCCCCAGGACCUCUGGCAACCCUUGACAUGCCACGCGCGCCUCAAUCUCGACGGCUUGGUGAUCCGAAGCAACUCAGCCCGGGUCAUGCUGACCUUCCUCGCUUGGAGCCCCACCUCCAUAGCCUUGGCCUCCACUUCCAUUCUCGUCACGGUGGGACUCCUUCUUGGCGUGGGAGCUGCCUCCCUGCGCAAGUACCUGGCUAUGCAGCCGCAGGCCUAGAGGAGAGGUGUUCUAGGCCAGCUGAGGGGAAGAACUUGGCCCCUCCCAUCAAUAAAGUCUUGGUGUCCAGUG